GUUCUCGGUCUCUUCUGCCGCCCGUUUCCGUUCUCGAUUCUUCCACUUUGGCUCUUCCGUCUACGUACAGACCGGACGGUAGAGUGGUACCACUAUAACCUCAAGCUUGACUUGUCUUGCCAAUGCGAACAAUUUGUCGUCGCCUCUUCUCCGUCUCUGCCGUCACCCUUUGUCCGAAGCGUUUGAACCCCCGUAUUGCUACCUUUACAACCAAGACAAUGGCGCUCCAUCCGGCUCAAGAUGGCGCAAAGCUCAUCUUUGCCCCCGCCGGUACUCUGGCCGACCCGUCCGUCCCCGGCCAAGCUGCUCAGUUCCUCAAGGCCGAGACCCGUGGAGGCUUGCGACGCUCCGAUCUUGACCCCGAAAGUCCCAUUGCCCAAUUCCACACAUGGUUCACCGACGCUUCCCAACCCGAAACGGGAAUUUCUCACCCCGAAACCUGCACGCUUUCAACUGCGCAGUUGCCCUCUGGCCGCGUCUCUGCGCGCAUGGUGUACCUGAAGGAGCUGGACCCAAAGGGUUUUGUCAUUUACAGCAACUUUGGCACCAGUGGGAAGGCGCGGGACUUGUUUGGCAGCGAGGAUGGAUCCAGCACCGGUAACCCAUGGGCUUCUCUGGUGUUCUGGUGGGAGCCGUUGGAGAGGCAGGUCCGGGUUGAGGGAAGAGCGGAACGCUUGACGACAGAAGAGAGCCAGGCCUACUUUGACACAAGAGUUCGUGGCAGUCGUCUUGGCGCCUGGUCAAGCAAACAAAGUGCUGUCCUCCUUCCCGACCCUGCGAACCCCGACGAUGACGGACGAACACAGCUGGAAAAGUGGGUCAAGGAGUCGGAGCAGCGCUUUGAAGGCGAGGAGAACAUUCCCGUCCCGGAGUUCUGGGGAGGCUUGAGGAUCGUUCCUGAACGGGUCGAGUUCUGGCAAGGAAGGCAAAACCGGCUACACGAUCGGUUUGUGUACGACCGCGUCCGUCAAGAUGGUGGAGGUGAAGACAAGUGGACUUUGGAGAGGCUGAGUCCAUAAGUUUGCUUAACAACUUUGACACAAAAUGAUGGCCGAACAAACUCCCCACCAACAGCAAGAUGCUAGCGUCAUGUUCGACCAGCUAUAAUGAGUCGAAGCGAUGGGAAUGGGGUCGUUUUUAUCUGACUUGUGGCAGUAGUGUAACCUUUCUGGCUUCAUCUCGUCUUUCCCGAGUGUUUGUAUAAAAGCGGGGUCCGAGCUUUUGCACCUGCCUGAACCUCACAGCUUCGUUCUUCCCCACGGCAUUCACUCACUCACAAACAGUCCAAACUGUCAUCGCGUGUUUCCUUCUAUUCUCU